AUGGAAGACAUCGCAGAGGGAGCACGCCGCGUGCUUAACUACAUCGAGAACAAUGGCUCGGAGGAUAGAUAUAUCACAGGCAGCAACGGCACGUUGUCUCCAGGGAUUCGCGGACUCUCGCCACGGGAGCUGGUCGAACGGGCGGAACGUCAACAGGCGACCAUUGCUCGACAGAAGGAUUCUGCCCCCUUGGCUGGAGGGGCUACUUUCGUGGCAGCUCGCAAACUGCCAUCAGACGAUGUGGUGAUGGUGGCCAACAGUGCCGCCGGAGCCGAGCUCCUUCGCAAGCAUCCUGAGUGGCUGAGGGCAUUUGGACCUAGCUCAGUGAUUCAAGCGCCGUCGUGGGGAAUCGUGGCGUACCACAUCCCCGUGAAGUCGAUGAAGCUUACCCCGGAAAUGAUGGCCGCCGUCUCAGCUGAACUGCUUCGACAGAACGACUGGGGCGAAGGUGCCAAGAUCCAGUAUCUUGGCUGGCUGACGCGACCGGGUAUCCGGGCGGAGGGCUCGGUCCUGAUCGAGUUCACCAGUCCAGUCGUGGCCAACCGUGCUAUCAUCACUGGGAUCGUAUGGGGGAAGCAAAUCCACAAUGCAUCGCGCUUCUGCCGCGAAGGACGGAUGAAUCUGGGCAGAAAGUGCCAAAAACCGAGGCAUAUCCAGUCGCACUGUCCUAACGUCUUCAAAUGUCCACUGUGCCGGCGCGCACCCGACCUGGUAGUGUCCGUCGGCACGGGGGCAGGCGAUACCAGACAAAUGCGCCAAUUGUGGCAGUGGGCACCGCCCAAUCAGUCUCGACUGCCCAGUGAAGAUCGCGGCAAUGGAUGA